AUGAGGGAUUCUAUUAUCUCAACCCUAUACAAGAACAAAGGAGACCGCAGUGAUCGUAACAAUUACCGUGGCAUCUCACUUCUGUGCAUUGCUGGAAAGCUGUCUGCCCGAGUAGCAUUAUACCACCUUCAAAAGAUUGCUGAAAGGGUGUACCCUGAAUCCCAGUGUGGUUUCCGCCCUAAUCGGUCGAGUGUGGAUAUGAUUUUCUCUUUGAGACAAUUCCAAGAGAAGUGCAAAGAGCAACAACAGCCACUCUACAUUGCAUUCAUUGACUUGAGAAAGGCGUUUGACCUUGUUAGUAGAGACGGCCUUUUCAAGAUUCUGCCCUUACUUGGCUGUCCUCCUAAACUCCUGAGCCUCAUCAAAUCUUUCCAUGAUGGAUCUCGGGGUUCAAUGCAGUAUGAUGGAAACAGGUCUGAGGCAUUCGAUAUAAACAGCGGCGUAAAACAAGGAUGUGUGCUAGCCCCAACUCUCUUCAACAUCUUCUUUUCAGUUUUACUGAAUCAUGCUUUCAAGUCCUCUGAAGAAGGUAUCCUGAUACGAUCUCGUUCUGAUGGUAAACUCUUCAACCCUGCACGCCUUAGAGCCAAGACCAAAGUGCGUAAGCGCAGAUUGAGGUGGCUCGGUCAUGUGUACCGGAUGGAGGAUGGGCGAAUCCCUAAGGAUCUGCUGUAUGGCGAGUUGGAAUCCGGUUCGAGGCCUAUUGGCAGACCUAAGCUGCGUUUCAAGGACGUAUGCAAGAGAGAUAUGCUCGCCACUGGCCUGCCAACAGAUAACUGGGAGCUACAUGCUGCCGAUCGGAGUGAUUGGAGGUCUGUGUGCAGUCUGGCACUCCAGGCGGGAGAGGAAAGGCUGAAAGCUGAAGCCGAUGAUAGAAGAGCUAAGAGAAAAGCAGCAAUGAACAAAGCAACGUGUGUUCCAGUGGCAUGCGUCUUCGUGUGCAGUGGAUGCGGCCGUGUCUGCCGUUCUAGAAUUGGGCUUUUUAGCCACGAGAGAAAGUGUUUGUCGCAAUUGCGCUAG